CGUACUCGUCUUUAACAAACAUGUAGAUAAACAAGAGCAAGACAACUUCUGCUUCUUGUGUGUACUCCGUAUAGAUUUACGAAAAGCUUCUUUAUUAGAACAUCAACAUACUUUAGUCCUCUUCUAGUGCAAAACGCGAUUAGCAUCUUCUUCAAGAACGACCGUAGUUAUUUUUAAUUUUACCACGUCCACUCGUAUCUGUACUAUCACUAUUAAGUAGUUAGUUUUGCCUUUGGAGAAAAAACAGGAUGAUUCUACAACCGGUUGGUGGUCCUCCAUCAGACGGGCUGGGCGGAGCAUCCGCUGGCCCAAACAAACUCAAACCCGCGCUAAAGCAAGGUUCUCGGCCCCUGUCUUUAACGCGGCCGCAAGGAAUAACUACGCAGGUGCUGCUGAACGGCAACUUCCUUCUCGACAGUGCUGGUCGCGGUAUGGGUGUACAACUUGGGACUCCAGCAAGCUCGACAAGGGCGCAGCAACAGGGGGUGAAAAGUUCGUAUGGGGCGCCGAAGACUACUUCCGGGCAGUUGCAGUGUAUCAUGCACUUAAAUAUAUAUUAAUUUAUAUAAUUUUCCUUCUUAAUAACAAUAACCUGCUCACGUAGAGUAGAUGCAGGAUGAAUAGGUUAUAUUUAUUGCUGCAGUCAUCCAUGAUGUUCUAAAGAUAACUCCACGACCUACAACAGAUCCUUCACUUGGGGCCCCGUCCUCGCGUGGAUCUUUACCGGUUCAGGGCUCUCUAGCGGCACCACAGGGCAUCAUUGCCUCUCCUGUCAGAGAUAAAGGACAUCAACAACAAGAAGUGAAUGCCGGAGGAUCAUCUGCGUUGCUACAAAAGGCAGCUAACGCGCGUCAAAUCGCAGAAUACCAUAGGAAGCAACACCAAGAGCGACAGAGGCGUCAGGAGGAUUUGAUAAAUAACAUCAAAACUGGAGGUGCUGCUGGAGGUGGAGGUGUGCUGGCGCAGGCUUUGGAAAGAGCAGAUGGAAACCAAGCUUCAUCACCUUCGACUUUGGGAGUUGUAGGACAUUCAUCAGGGACAACACCAGGUGGGAUGCCUCUCAAUUCCAUGCAAGCAACUGCGUCAACAGGCACUAGACCAAUACCAACACGGUCUGCGUCAGGGGGUAUGGUGAAGGCGAAUCAUGCAAUGAUGACGACGCCACAGCUACGUCGAGAAGAAGAAAAUUAUGCGGAUCAAGAAACCUUAGCCGGUCGCACACCGACAACUGCUAGUUCAGUGUCUUCAAAUGGGCAGCAAAGAACAGAGGAUAGGAACAACUACAGUACGCCAACUCUUACAACUGGUCAACACCAACAGGGAGGUUCUACUUCCACCUCUUCUGGUGACCACGCGGCAUUGGUACCACCAUUAGCGAGUGCUUUGUCUGUGUUAAAGAACAAGAAGGCGCGACCACCGGCUGCGCCGCCAGGGUCUGAUCACCGCUCUUCACAGCAGGUUCCGGGAAAUAGUGAGCGUCGUGCUGCACGAAGGGCUACAUUAAGGUCUCAAGAGCGAGCGGCGAUGGCGACGCCGGAGAGAGUGGGUACAGCAACUUCUAAUUUUCAGGUAACCAUAAUCCCUUGUAUGGAGUUCUAGUUGUUAUAAUGGACUUACACUUAGAUUUCUUAUUCCCGUUCCCCUUAUCCAUCUUCCUCUAGGUCCCAGCAUGACCGAUCUCAACGACACCGCCAACAUCUCUACGGCCUCUCCGCACAGACGGGUCCGUGGAACCGCCAGAAGUUCGUCAGAGCGCAAGCGCAGGAGUACACCAGGAGCCCAGAGAGAACGAGAACGGACAGGCUCAGUUCCGCCAGGGACAACGACGAACAACAGUAAUAGCUAUAUUAGCAAUGUUCCUGCUCGAGCAGGUGGUGGUACUACAACAGCUUCCGCCUCUUCCACCAAAAUGAACCAGCAUCAUCACGGUCCAUCAACAUCCGAAGGUCGUGCAACCGGUGCUAGCGCACAACUCAGAUCAGGAUCACGGCAGAGGACUGAUUCUGACAUCAUUUUAGACACUUUGAGGAGUGAACUACAGCGCCGCGCACUAGAGGCCGAAGAUUUCCAAGCGGAAAUCGCGAAAGCGAAGCAGGAAAUGGUGAACUUGCGGAAAGAGAGCGAGCAGAAGGGUCGAGAGAUCGAUACUCUACGACUUGAGGCGAAGACGUGGCCACGAAAGUUGGACCAUUACAGGUUAGAAAACGAGAAACUGCGUCUCGAAAUAGCAAGAUUACAAGCGCUUGUUGUCAAUAGUCCUGGGAGUGGUGGAACAAGUGGAGGAGGGUUAGAAGGAGAUCAGGAGAACCAAGACCUAGUAUUAAGGCUGCCUCUGUUGAAGCAUAUCCUUAAUAUCAUCCUUGGCCCCCUUUUCAAGGGGAAAAGGGGUGCACGGAUGGGCUCAGGGAUGCGAUGCGGGAGCUCUAAUAGCAGAGACCAGUGGAUUCAAACCACCAACUCGUGGCCUUUCCAACGGCGCACCUAUGAGUCCUGUCGAUGAAGGAGAUGAGGCUUCGCAUUCUUUACCUACCGCUUCUCCAGGCGCUUUCUCGCCACACCAGGACUACCUGCAACCAACACGUGCAGCAACAGCGUCUGGAGGUGGAGGUUCAAAACUUGCUGCGAAAGCAGAGGACACAGCCUCUUCUUCUAGUACGGCAGUGAGUAAAACGAGUAUGCCAGGUGCAGGUGCAGGCGGACUAGCACAUAGUUCAUCUAGUCAGCAGAGCCGGUCCCAGCAAAGCAGCCCAGUCGAAACAGUAGCAUCACCAAGUGACCGCGGCGUUGUAGGUGCAAAACAGUCUACCAAGUCGAGUUCUAGUGUAUCCCCUGGUACGGACUCAGCUGAGUCAGACUGGGUUUUUGUGGUGCAGGGACAGGAAAACGGCGCUACCUCUAAAGGUUUGGAGAAGAAGCACUCAUGCUAUCCGGAAAAUUAUGGCAGAUGUAGAUUCACGUUCAGUCGAGAGUAGGAGAAGUAUAUUUACCAGAUGUAGGUUCACAUUCAGGAGUCGAGCGCUUUUCUUUUGUAUUCCGUUUCCACCCUUCCACUCUCUAAGCCCUCGCUUUAGUCCGGACUGAGAAGCUAGGAAUCCGCUUUGUGUCUCUCGGAGGCGCCACUGAUCGUCCUAACCAGGACGAUUUUCUAUUGGCCAUGCAGCGAAAUCCUAUAGAACAAGCAUCCUCUUCAAGCAGUUCUGCAGAGGAAGACGUCGCGGGCAAGGGCUCAAAGGGUGGUGGGAACAUUAUGGCUCACAUUUAGACUAUCUAUCUCAUUUAGAAUAUCUAUCUCUUCAUCAUCAAAGUUUUUUCUUCGGCCUGCUCUAGUUGUAGACUUCACCUUGUCUUUACGGAGAAAUCCUUCCUCUCACCGACAUCUUGCUCCUCCCUUCAUGCUGGUCCGCUCCUCCAUGCCCCUCCUCUAUUCUCUUGGUUCGGAUUCCUCUCUUUCGUUGUAAGUACUAGACUUUCUUGCCCUUGACCUUGUUAUAACUACAACAUUCGUUUCCUCACUCACCCUCCUGGUCCUCCUCCUCCCUUCAUGCUGCUCCGCUCCUCCUGGCUCGACGUGGUCAAAGAUGAAGGCUACAUUGCCCUUUACGCAGUCUUCGAUGGCUUUGGAGAAAAUGGUGAGGAGUGUUCGAAACUGAUAAAACAGCGCAUGGCGGAACUCGUAUUCGCACAUAGUUUGAUCUUCCAAGAGCCCCAGAGCGUCCUAGAGGAAGCGUUCAAAACGAUCCAAAAGGAGUUGGGCGCAUCGGAUUCAUUCUUGCGGGAAGGGGAUGGCGCGUCAGUAGCUGUGGCACUGCUGCUGAAGCUUAAUUGUAUUAUAGAUGCUUAGCCAUUUGAAGAAAGCCAAUCCUUUGAUAUGGUGAAAUAUUCUUGUUCCGUGAUAGCGAUUUACUGAUACUCUACUAAGUUUGAAUAUUGCGUAAAUCAAUGAAUCGAAUACUUCGACAAAAGCAUACAUCACAACAGCUCCCCGCGAAGGCUAUGCUUCCGAUACCUCCCGCACCGAGGCAGAGUCUUGGGUUGUAGUCGGGUCAAUCGGCGAUUGUCGGGUUGUUCUGGCCAGUAAAGAAGACGGCGGAAGUUUUGGCGCAGUGGCUUUGACCAAAGAUCAUAAGUUAAGAACUACAAGAACAUAGAUUUUGAAAUGAUGGGUUUAAUUAGUAUCCAAAUUGCACAUUGUUCUCGUUCUGAUUGUGCAACUACCACAAGAUAUAUUUUCUUUUUCGUCUAUGUCUAUUAUGCCUACAAUCUUCUAAUCAAGGUUGACACACACAAGGGCGAGUCUGCAAGGCUACAGAAAACGCCAGGCGUCAUCCUACAGAGUGUGGCCGAAGGCACAACAGCCGUUUUCAAAGAUGGUGCAGGAGACCAAGGAAGCGUGUUGACGAGGUAUCACUUGAAUAGAGAUCUUUUCAGUAGCUUUUUAUACAGUUGUACUAGCACCGUACUAACGACAACGACUCGCUGAAAAAAGCGCUUCAUCUCGUUUUCGGAUAGCAUCCUUUUCGACUCCUUUCUCUGUAACAGGCACUUGGGUUCCGUCCCCCACGACGCCGUCCUAACUUCUGCGGAGGUCAACGCCUAUCGCAUCAACGCUGGACAAGACUUGAUGCUUGUUUUGGGCACUCGUGGCUUGUUUCACCGCUUUUCCAACUCGGCGCUUGUUUUUAUGGAUAUGUGAACAUGAAAAUCAAACUUCAUAUUUGUUUGUCAAUCUCUUACAACUCUUUGAACAUUCAUCUUCACUAGAACGACGAGUAAAUUUCUUUUGGAAACAAGACCAAUAAUUGAAUGCACCACGACGCAAAUUCUUACAACUUCUAAUGUCUCGCAGCUCAUCGGCCACGGCGUCGAUUACCUAGGACCAGUCUGUGAGAAAGCGCGUGAAGGUGGAGACGAUGUCACAGCUGUCGUUGUCACGUUGUAGAGUACAUGGGAAACGCAGCGUCAUAGAUGAGACGACCGUCAACAUUAGACACAAUAUAUACAAUGGCCACCUUUUAAGAUGAUAGCAACUAUCUACUUCAUGAAAAAUUUAUUUGGUUGUGGUCGUGUGGGGAGAAAGCGGUUUCAUUCCAGUUCUCUGUUAAUUUUGCUGAACAUCCACAUGCUCAGUGAAGACAAACAAGUGCGCACAUACAACGGCCCGAAGACUUUCUUGUGAAAGCAAAGAACAGCGUUUCGCAAUCAAAAAUUCGAAAAAAUCUUGAAAGAGCACGAGACUGACAUGAAGAUUAUACAUGUGAAAAGUAGAAAAAAUCACGCAUCAAAGAAGAUGCAUCGGAUGCAAUCAUGAAGUCAUCUGAAGCUAUAAUGACC